AUGGCUUCUAGGCUUCUUCUUCAAAACGGUACCGUGUUGCAGCAUGAUGCGCAAGACAAUGUCAUCGCACUUAAAAACACCGACAUCUUGAUUGAAGGUGAUCGCAUCAUUGAGAUCGGACAUGGUAUCGAACCUCAAAAUGCAUCCAAGAUUGACUGCGAUGGAAGAAUUAUCGCUCCUGGGUUCAUCAAUGCUCAUCAUCAUGUUUGGCAGAGUCAGUUGAAAGGGAGACUUGGCGACUCUACAAUGUUGGACUACAUGCUUGAAGCCAAUCUGCAAAGCUUCAACUUUACGCCAGAAGAUAUAUUUUGGGGUCAGCUGGCUGGCUGUCUUGAAGCACUUGACGCUGGGACGACCUGCGUCGUAGACAAUGCGCACGGGGCAUCUGGCCCUGAACACGGCCCAGCAGCUUUGAGUGCGACCCUAGCAUCUGGUAUAAGGUCCAUAUUUUGCCAUGGUGUCAUGCCACUACGCGCUGCUGAGUGGACAGAGUCUUCAUUCGAGCUCGAUCGUUCUCCUCAACCUGAUUGGCUGCUGCCUCAGAUGGAUAGUCUUGCUGCAAGAGCGCCGUUUGGAGAUGACAAGAGAGUGCAGUUGGGGUUCUUCUUCGACAGUUACUUCUUGCCUGAGAAUGUAAUUUCUGAGACGCUUAAUCGUGUCAAAGAGGCUGGAGUGAAGCUUAUUACAAGCCACUACAGACACUGGCCAGUUUCAAAAGGACAAUCUCAAGUGCCGGAGCAAUUGCACGCCUGUGGUCUUCUCGGCCCUGAAAUCCUCCUUACUCAUGGCAACGGCACAACACCAGAGCAAGCGUCUCUACUCAAUGAAGCCGGAACUUACAUCGUCUCAACACCCGAUGCCGAGAUCUUCAUGGCAUCGGGCGCAGACCCAGUAGCUUUUCGGGAAGAUCUCCCAUUGACAUGCCUCGGAGCUGAUUGUCACUCCUGCGGACCAGUCAGCAUGAUGCAUCAAAUGCAGAUGGCACUAGCAAGUGAUCGAGGAAUGCAGAACGUGACAACAUUUGCACAAGGGCACUAUCCUAAGAAGAUGCGGGCUACGGUUCAAAAGGCGUUCAAUUUGGCUACUAUCAAAGCCGCUCGUGCGAUCAACAUGGAUAAAGACAUUGGAUCUAUUGCAGUGGGCAAGUUGGCGGACUUGGUCAUCUUCGACACGACUUCUCCUUCAAUCAGCUGUGCAGCUGAUCACGACCCAUUAACUGCUAUCGUCCGCCAUGCAGGUGUCAGGGAGGUUGAGACUGUGAUAGUCGGUGGAAAGGUUCGCAAGCAUGAUGGAAGUCUGCAGAACGUGCACUUGGUGGAGGGUCGAGAGGCUGGUUUCGAUCUCAAGCUCGAGGCAGUUGACGCAAAGGACGGAAAAUCGUGGAAAGAAGUUGCAAAGCAGUUGUCGAGGAGUCGAAAUGAGAUUGAGGGCAGAAUUAAUAAGGUCAACAAAGAACUGGCUAAGGAGAAACUUAUUGGAAUGAUGGGAGGCUUGAAGGACAUAUUGGUUGACUGA